GUUUUAAUUAACACCCCACGUGCUGUACGGGAUUCCCCGCGGCGUUAAUCCAAGCAUCAUCGUUCAAGUUUGUCGACCGAAUCAGCCAGAAUUCGCGUUAGUCAUAUAAAUUGGCAGCGCUAGCUACUGAUCAUGAAACCAAUUGCAAUGUCGAGGUAACGUUAUCAACAGCUUCAAUGGAGACGCGCCCUUUCUUCAGCGCCCUUGCAAAUCAAGUGGCGUUGCUAAUGCCGCUCACUAGGCUAAAACAAGAAAGUAACAAUCGGUGGCUUGACCAACCCACACUUACGAAAAGAACUGGUUAUAGCCGGGAACAGUACCUUACCUGCUGUAGCUGCAAUAAUGGAGGGGGAGGUCGGCUGAAAUCUCCCUGUCCCGUGGGCUGCACUUGGUCAACUAGCUCCAAAAAGGUUGCUCUGGGCCAUCGGAACAGCGCCAGGCCGUGCCGUCGCGUAUUUGUUUCGGCUAACCUCACCAUGGCCUAGUGCGAAGAACACCUCAAGAUCGACCCGGUCGGUGGGUGAUCUCCCCGUCGGGUAUUUCUGGCUUGUCUCCAACUCAUCCCACAGCUCAUGUUCCCUAAAUUGUUUCUUCACCAAAAGUAUAAGAAGCGCAAUCCCCGCAAUUGGCUUAAGCAAAGUCUUCGACUCGCCCCAAUUCUUCAUCUUUCCUUAUCCCUCCCCGCAUAAUCAUCAUGAAGACUGCCGUUGUCGCCGCUCUGGCUUCCCUUGGCGCCGCUGCCGCCGCCCCCAAGCCUGCUAAUGAGCCUUUCCACGGCCGAUACCGUAUCUCUCCUGUUGACGGUACCAAGAUCGCCCUUCCCACCAAGGAGCAGCUUGCUUUCCAGGACCGCGAGAUUGGCUUCCUCAUCCACUUCAACAUUGCUACCUACAUCCAGGAAGAUGGCUGCAACAGCAACCAGUCUCUUGUUCCUGAGCGCAAGCUCUUUGACCCUGAGCUCCUGAACACCGACCAGUGGAUGGAGUCUGCCAAGGACCUUGGUGCCAAGUACGCAACUCUCGUGGCCAAGCACAACUGCGGCUUCACCACCUGGCCCUCCAAGGUUCAGUUCUCCGACCGCGACGGAAACGCCAUGACCUACAACUACACCGUUGCACAGUCCCCUGUUUCUGGCAAGGACGUCAUCCGCAGCUUCGUCGAUUCUACCAAGAAGUACAGUCUCGGCCACGGCUUCUACUACAGCUCCGUCGUCAAUAACUACCUCAACGUCUACGGCUCUGAGGCCCGCAAGGAGCCUUUGGCCCCUGGCCAGGUUGGCGUCACCACCGAGACUUACAACAAGGUCGUCAUCGACCAGCUUACUGAGCUCUGGGGCCAGUACGGCGACUUGACUGAGAUCUGGUUCGACGGUGGCUACAGCGGAGCCCAGAAGGCCUCCAUCGAGAAGCUUCUUGAGGAGAAGCAGUCCAAGGCCGUCAUCUUCAACGGCUGCGACACCAAGGGUGUCUGCCUUUCCGAUAAGCCCAUCCGCUGGAUCGGCAAUGAGAUGGGCAACGCCGGCGACGACAACUGGUCCACUGGUGUUGGCGAGGACUCUGGUGACCCCGGAUCUCCCUUCUUCGCCCCUGCUGAGUGCGAUACCUCUCUCCAGACCCAGGACCGCUGGUUCUGGGGCGUCAAGCAGCCUCUCCGCUCCCUCAAGGAGAUGGUCGGCGUCUACCACUCUUCUGUUGGCCGCAACUGCGUCCUCGCUCUGGACCUUGCUCCCGACAGGAACGGUCUUGUCCCCGCUGACGCUGCUGCCCGCUACAAGGAGCUUGGCGACUUCAUCCGUUCUUGCUACGACGAUGAGGAGCCCUCCAAGUACGUCGACAGCAGCAUUGACGGCCAGUACCUCAUGACCUUUGACAAGCCCACCACCAUUGACCGUAUUGUCAUGAUGGAGGACCAGACAAACGGUCAGCUCAUCCGCUCCUACAACGUCUAUGCCAAGAUCAUCGACUCCGAUGGCAUCAACCACAGCAAGGAUGUCCCCUGGACUCGCGUCUCUGGCGGCAAGUCUAUCGGACACAAGCGCAUCGACCUCUUCGACGCCCCCGUUACCGUUACCGACGUUAUGAUCAACUCUACCUACGUUGAUGUUCCCGAGUUCCGCUCUGUCAGCGUACACCUUUGCGAGAGAUUCUAAGCAAAUCGUGAAGAAGGCAAUCGGGAACUACAGCACAUUCAUACACAUAUCACCAUUGAUGAAACCCAUGAACAAUUGUACAUAAUAAUUAUAAAUAUUACCGUCUAAAAAGCUCUAUGUUCGUCUAUAUCUCUAUCUGCGCGCCAAUGAUUUUAGAAUUAGUUUACAUGAACACUUUGCUGUGUCAUUCUUCAGCGAUUUUGAAAGUCAUUUCUGGCUUCGAGCGCAGCAUCUGGCGAAUUUCAUCUGUGCUUUUACCCUUAAGAGCAUUGAAGCCAAGGUUGCUAAGCGGAUACAGCAACGCGUUGCUGUCAUUCUCGAUGAACUUUUGUGCUGCGUUGGGAGCCUGGGAAAGGAUAAGAUCAAUAUCUUGUCUGAUCUGUUCACAGAAGCUGUCCAAAGGCAGAUCAUUGACAUCUUCACCAAAGGGGUUCUCGAUCUCAGCACCAAUGAUAGAAAUGCCUAGGAUGAUGUAGGCGGCAAAGACAGUCGCGGGGAUAGUCGCCCAGCUCAGGUAGUCGGUCAGCUGAAAGGGAAGAACCAAGAUGUACACCCAUGUAAUCUGGGAGAUGGCAAUAGAGUACGCAAUCGGAAGCGGGGUGUUAAGAACACGGUCAGUGCCAGUGAGAAUAUCAUGCAACGACGCAAUAAGAGCCAUAGACUGAGUCUGAUAUGAGGGGGCUUUGAAGGUACCAUUAUCAAUAAUGGUUUUAAUGUAAGCCGAGCAAGACGCCAGGAUCUCCAGUGGUACAUUGCCCAAGGGCUUUCGUGGGUUCUUGACAAGCUUUCGCGGGUUUGAUUCGGCCAUGGGCAGACCCAAAACGAGGCCGGCAAUCUUCCAGGGCGAGGGGUCUGUCCAGUCGCGGCGUACGGCAUCCUUAGCAAGAAUAGGCAAGUGGCGCAGACGAGGCUCAAGAUCCUCGUAAUGUGUAAACGGCUCGAAACGAAGGCGGUGCUUCAAUGCCACAGCAAAGGCAGCCAGCAUGUUGCAAAACGUCACCUUAGCCAGCAAGUCUUCCGUUGCGACCUCCUUUCGCUCGUCGGCGUGAAUCCAGACAAGUCUGGCUAGGUUUUGCGUAACCUGGUUAAGCUGAGCCCAGUACUUGCGGCCGUCGUUGUAACGUUCAUAGGCGGUUGAGCUGCGGAAAGAGAGGGAAAGACCAACGACGAAACCCAUGACGGUUAGGAGGACAUGAUUGAUACCAACUAAAAGAGACGGUGGUUAGGGAAAUUGAACAAUGUAGGCGGAAUCAAGAGAGUCAAAGGAGUCACAUACUAUCAUGCACCAGAACGGCGACAGCUGUAAUAGCCGUAGACCAAGCCGCCACAAAGGCGAUGGGAAGAACCAUCCUCGGCAAGACACUACCGUGGAUGCGAAGGAAUGUCGGCCAUCUUGAGUGGUGGGACAGAUCGCGGGGUCCAGUCUGGGUAGUGACUGUUAGCCCAAGCUCUAUGUGUGUCUCUCUUUUUCUUCUGCGGCGUGUACUUACAAAGUAGCUGUCAACUUCACCGUGGUGAUCAUGGGCAGACGGCGGCUGGGUCUCGCCAUCGAGGGAUUUGACACUGCUAGUCAUUUCGACGGCUUCUUCUUUGAACGGGUUCUGGCUGCUGCUGCGGGACACUGGCAGAGGUGUAGGUAACGUAUUUGAGCGGAGGGGCAUAGUGGGUUAUAGUGUGUGUCGGCACGAGGCGACAAACGCGCAAUGUAGGCGGUCUAUAUACGAAACCGCAGGGUGCAACGAUAGCAAUGGUGGCCGGAAGGUUUCCUGUCAACAGGAAGGGUAUGUAGACACUAGAGAAUGCACAUGUAUAUAUUGUACAGCAAAUUCCUGCGGUCAGCCAAAGCAACGGUGCGCGGGCCCCUUUUAGGUUGUCCUAUCGUAAGAUGCGGGCCGUUUUGGGCAUAGCCAUGACUCCAUAGGCAAUCCCGGCGAUGGUCACAGCACCAGGCAAGGGCCUAGCGAUACGCUUCAAACACACGGGCUUAUGUUACAGCUCUGGCUGGUCUCAUGCCAAUCAGCACAGGCCCAGCCAAUGAUGCCCAAACGAUGCACACGUCAGGGGCCAUUGCGGCAGCAACGAGGCUAUUCAGACGCAGGGGCUCACGGACCGACCAGAGCUGCUUGUUUUACAAAGUUUGAAAAACGUUUUCUUGUGUGUGCACCGCCUCGUUUGCGGGUCAGUAGCCUGCUCCUAUGGGCUAUUGGGGGUCGCGCAAUUUUAACUACAACAGCCCAGAGUGCCAAUGGUUUGCAGAUCGGGUGUCUUUCAGGUGCUAAACGGUG